UUAAAUAUUUAUUCUACAAGGAAAAGUAAGAGAGGAAAAAAAAAAAGGGAAAAGCAAGCCAAAGGACCCUUGAAUCAACUGACCUGGCAGCCAGAGCUGCCACUGAAGUCUGAGGAGAGAAGCAAAGUUUUCCAGCAGAUUUUUCCUAGGUAUACACAUAUUUGUGGUGUAACAGAUCAGAGCUCUCCAUUUUAGGAGCACACUCAUUCAUCUGUUCAUUCAUCGUGACACGCGAAGAUGGUGGCCGGAAUGUUGAUGCCCUUGGGGGACUUGAAGGCCAUUUAUGAACUGCUGUUUCGUGAUGGGGUUCUGGUGGCCAAAAAGGACAAGAGGCCGCAAAGCAAGCACCCGGAGAUUCGUGGGGUCACCAACCUGCAGGUGAUCAAAGCCAUGACCUCCCUGAAAUCGCGGGGUUACGUCCGCGAGACCUACUCUUGGAAGCACUUCUACUGGUACCUCAACAAUGAAGGCAUCGCUUAUUUGAGGGACUACCUGAAACUGCCACCUGAAAUCGUGCCAUCAUCGCUGCAGCGGGUACGCCGCCCCACUGCUAUGCUGGAUGUGUCCCGUAGAGCGGCGCGGGUCCAAACUGUGGAAGGCCACACGUCAUAUGCUGCUAAACCGUCUUCGGCUUUUGCUGCUGGUUCCAUGGAUUCUGCGAUGGAUCGUCAGGCGUACCGCAAGAGACAAGUGGAUGACAGCCUUUUGAGUCAGAAGAGUUCUUCAGUACUGCAGUCGUCUCGUGCAUACCAGGCCGUCACUAAACCAUCUUCUGCCAUGACUGUAGAAAGACAAGCCUCUCCUGUGGAAGCCCAUGGACACCGAAAGGUAACGCAAAUGGUUACAGAGGAGAAAGUGCAAGCUAAGAAAGAGAAAGGCUCUCGCAUGCAGCAGGAAGCCCCCAUCUCCAAAUGGAAUGUGGCAGAGGAUGCCACCAUGGAUUAUCGGGAGCUUCAGAACAAGGAAGUUGUUAUGCUCCAGAAGGUGCAAGCAGCAAAUGAGCUUCGCGAAGGACAGAAGAGGAGAACAGAUGAACCCAUAGAAAGAGCCCAGUCCAAGAAAGGCUCGCAGUCAAAACCUGCACUCAAUCAGGAAGACCAGGCCCCUCCACAGGAAAAGCUGAAGGUAGUGGAAGAAAACGUGAACCAGAGUAGUGUCUCUGCUGUCAGAGCUCCACUGCCACCUUCAGCCACUGUGGUGGAGGCUCCCCUCCCUGUGAAAAAGGAAAAAUCACAAAGCAUUUCUGUUGACCAGAAGACCAAGAAGCCAGCCCUGGAAAAAACUGCAAAGGCCUCAGCUUCCAGCUCUGACCAGAAGGAUGGCCAAAAUGAUGGAGCCAUAUUGGAAAGAAAAGUUGCGGUUCAAAGGCUUACAGCACAGGAUGUCCAAGAUAGUUCUAAAGCUAGCCUCAUCACUAGUGCAGAGAUCUUGGAAAGCCAGGAGACCUGCAAAGACAAAACAGUAGUAGAGGAGACAAUCCAGGUGGAGACGAUCUCCAUUACCCAGAGCUCAUGGGAGAUACUCCAGGCCUCCAUCCCUGAGCCAUCUUUGGCAGCCAACAAAGGAGAGCCUGAAGUGGUCCUGCCGGGCCCUCAGGAAGACAGCCAGCAACAACUGACGGCACAGCAGGAAGAAAUCGAGGUCCAAAGAGCCUCUGAAGUGGGAGGAUCACAGGCAGGAUCAGAGGCCGUCCCCGUCGAAGAUGAGCGAGACAGAGUACAGAAAAAGACGUUCACAAAAUGGGUCAACAAGCACUUGAUAAAGGCUCAGCGUCAUGUUAACGACUUGUACGAAGACCUUCGAGAUGGACACAACCUAAUCUCAUUACUGGAGGUUCUCUCCGGGGAGACCCUGCCCCGUGAAAAAGGCCGCAUGCGAUUUCACAAAUUGCAGAAUGUACAGAUUGCACUGGACUUCCUCAAACACCGCCAGGUCAAACUGGUGAAUAUUCGAAAUGAUGAUAUUGCAGAUGGGAACCCUAAACUCACAUUAGGGCUGAUAUGGACCAUAAUCCUUCAUUUCCAGAUUUCCGACAUUCAAGUUUGUGGCCAGUCAGAAGAUAUGACCGCCAAAGAGAAACUGCUGCUUUGGUCCCAGCGAAUGGUGGAAGGCUACCAGGGUUUGAGAUGUGAUAACUUCACCAGCAGCUGGAGAGACGGCAAACUCUUCAAUGCUGUCAUCCAUCGGCACAGGCCAAUGCUGAUUGAUAUGAAUAAAGUCUACAAGCAGACAAACCAGCAGAAUUUGGAACAAGCCUUUACUGUCGCUGAAAGAGAACUUGGAGUCACCCGUUUGUUGGAUCCUGAAGAUGUGGAUGUCUCUCACCCUGAUGAGAAGUCUAUCAUUACUUAUGUGUCCUCCUUGUACGAUGCCAUGCCACGUGUCCCUGAUAUCCAGGAUGGAGUGAAAGCAAAUGAAUUGGAGCUUCGAUGGCAAGAGUACUACGAGCUGGUCACCUUACUGCUUCAGUGGAUUCGGCAUCACGUCAUCAUCUUUGAAGAAAGGAAGUUCCCAGCAAGCUAUGAGGAGAUCGAGAUCCUGUGGCGUCAGUUCCUAAAAUUUAAAGAGACAGAACUUCUUGCUAAAGAGGCAGACAAGAAUCGCUCCAAGGUCAUUUAUAAAUCUUUUGAGGGAGCAGUUCAGGCAGGGCAAGUCAAGGUGCCUCCUGGCUACCACCCCAUUGAUGUGGAAAAGGAAUGGGGGCGUCUUCACGUGGCAAUGCUAGAACGAGAAAGGCUUCUCAGGACUGAAUUAGAGAGAUUAGAACGACUACAGAGAAUAGUUGCCAAGAUUCAGAUGGACUCCGGUGUGUGUGAAGAACAGCUGAAUCAAGUGGACACUCUCUUACAGACGGAUUUACGUAUGCUGAAUGCUGGAAAGUCGCCCCAGAACUCAGCAGAGAUCGAGAGGGACCUGGAUAAAGCAGAUGGAAUGAUCCGCAUCCUCUUUAACGAUGUUCAGACACUAAAAGAUGGACGCCACCCUCAGGCAGAACAGAUGUAUAGAAGGGUUUAUCGCCUCCACGAACGCCUUGUGGCCUUGCGCACUGACUACAACCUGCGUCUGAAGUCUGGAGUUACGCAAACUCAGAUAACCAUGACUUCGAUACCCGUAGCUUCAUCACCAAGGCAGAGACCAGAACUUGAUGAUGUGACACUACGCUACAUACAGGAUCUGCUAGCUUGGGUGGAGGAAAACCAAAGACGUCUUGAUGGAGCAGAAUGGGGCGUGGACCUUCCAUCUGUUGAGUCUCAGCUUGGCAGUCAUCGUGGGCUGCAUCAAUCCAUUGACGACUUCCGUGCCAAAAUUGAGCGGGCACGAGCAGAUGAGAUGCAGUUGUCUCCAAAUAGCAGAGGCUCCUACAGGGAAUACCUUGGAAAACUUGAUCUGCAAUAUGCCAAACUACUGAAUUCUUCCAAAUCCCGGUUAAACAACUUAGAGAGUCUCCACAACUUUGUCUCUUCAGCUACUAAAGAGCUAAUGUGGCUUAAUGAUAAAGAAGAAGAGGAGGUUAACUAUGACUGGAGUGACCGCAACACAAACAUGACCGCAAAGAAGGACAACUACUCUGGACUGAUGCGAGAAUUAGAGCAGAAGGAGAAGAAGAUAAAUGACACUCAGACUACCGGAGAGCGACUGCUGAAGGAGGGGCACCCUGGCAGAAAAACUAUUGAGGCUUUCAUGGCAGCUCUUCAGACUCAGUGGAGCUGGAUACUACAGUUAUGCUGUUGUAUUGAGGCCCACCUCAAGGAGAACACGGCCUAUUUCCAGUUUUUCUCAGAUGUUAAGGAGUCUGAAGAAUACCUUAAGAAAAUGCAGGAGUCCAUGAAGAAGAAGUACUCUUGUGACCGCUCUAUCACAGUGACUCGACUUGAGGAUUUGCUGCAAGAUGCAGUGGAUGAAAAGGAGCAGCUAAGUGAAUACAAAGGCCAACUAGCAGGACUGAACAAACGUGCCAAAGCCAUCGUUCAACUUAAACCCCGCAAUCCAGCCAAUGCCCUCAGGGGCAAAUUACCUAUCCAGGCAGUAUGUGACUUCAAACAGAUGGAAAUCACUGUUCAUAAAGGGGAUGAAUGUGUGCUGCUAAAUAACUCACAACCCUACAAGUGGAAGGUUCUAAAUAGUACAGGCAAUGAAGCCAUGGUUCCAUCUGUCUGCUUUGUUGUUCCACCUCCAAACAAAGAAGCCCUUGAUGCUGUUGGCAACUUGGACUCAAGCCACCAAAGACUCUUGGCUAUGUGGCAUCACUUGCACAUUGACAUGAAAAGCCUACUUUCCUGGCAGUACUUGAUUCGGGAUAUCCAGCAGAUCCAAUCUUGGAACAUCAUUACGUUUAAGAACCUGAAGCCAGAAGAGUACCGGCUAAUAAUGCGUAAUUUGGAGUUGCAUUACCAGGACUUUAUGCGUGACAGUCAAGAUUCUCAACUGUUUGGUGCUGACGAUCGCAUGCAGAUAGAGAGUGACUACAACAAGUCCACUCAUUACUAUGACAAUUUGCUCCGUACAUUAGAAAAAGGUGAGCAAGACGAAUCUGUAUGUAAGAGUUUCAUCUCCCAGAUCAAAGAUAUCCGCUUGCAGUUGGAGGGCUGUGAGUCCCGCACCAUCCAUAAAAUUCGAAUGCCUUUUGACAAAGAUCCAUUAAAAGACUGUUCACAGAGGAUCACAGAGCAGAAGGUAAUCCACACUGAAUUGGAAGGCAUCAAGAAGAACCUGGACACAGUUAGUAAGAAGUCAGAGGCCGUGCUGACUUCAUCAGAGCCAUCCAGCUCUGCUCCUGUCCUGCGCUCUGAACUUGAUGUCACCCUGCAGAAGAUGGAUCGUGUUUACAGCCUGUCCUCCAUCUACCUUGACAAGCUGAAAACCAUUGACCUGGUAAUCCGAAGCACACAAGGGGCAGAGGAACUGGUCAAAAAGUAUGAAGACCAACUGAGACAGGUGAAUAGUGUGCCUGCUGAUGUGAAAGAACUGGAAGUCUACCGGACUCAGCUCAAGAAAACCCGUAGUGAGGCAGAACGUCAGCAGCCAGUAUUUGAUGGAUUGGAAGACGAGCUGACUAAGGCAUCAGCUGUCAGUGAGCGGAUGUCCCAUGUCCACAGUGAACGUGAUGCUGACCUGGACCGUUACCGCCAAUGUGUGACUGGUCUUCUGGACCGUUGGCAGGGAAUGUUUACUCAGAUUGACCUGCGUCAACGCGAAUUGGAGCAGCUUGGCCGUCAGUUAAGCUACUAUCGUGAAAGUUAUGACUGGCUUAUCAACUGGAUCAAUGAUGCAAAGAAGCGGCAGGAGAAGAUUCAAGCCAUUCCUAUCAGUGACAGUGCAUCAUUACGGGAACAGCUUAAUCAGGAAAAGAAACUACUUGAAGAUAUAGAGAAGAAGAAAGAUAAAGUGGACGAGUGCCAGAAAUAUGCCAAAGGGUAUAUUGAUGCAAUAAAGGACUAUGAGCUGCAGUUAGUAACUUACAAAGCAAUGGUAGAGCCCAUUGCCUCACCUGUCAAAAAACCCAAAGUUGAGUCUGCAUCUGACAACGUCAUCCAGGAGUAUGUCAAUCUAAGGACACGCUACAGUGAGCUGAUGACUCUGACUAGCCAAUACAUCAUUUUCAUCACUGAAACGCAGCGACGCUUGGAACAAGAGGAGAUGGCAGCUGAGAAACUAAAAGAGGAGGAGAGGAAAAAAAUGGCAGAUAUGCAAGCAGAGUUAGAAAAGCAAAAGCAGUUGGCUGAGGCCCAUGCCAAGGCUAUAGCCAAGGCGGAGAAAGAGGCCCAGCAGCUGAAGCUUAAAAUGCAAGAAGAGGUUCAAAAGAGAGAGGUGGUUGCUGUUGACGCUGAACAGCAAAAACAGAACAUUCAACAGGAGCUUCAUCAACUUAAGAGCAACUCGGAGAUGGAGAUCAAAUCAAAGAGCCAACAGGUAGAGGAAGCCCUUUUCCACCGCACCAAGAUUGAGGAAGAGAUUCACCUGGUCAGAAUUCAGCUAGAGACUACUCUCAAGCAGAAGUCUAGCGCUGAGACCGAGCUCAAACAGCUGAGGGAGAGAGCAGAAGAGGCAGAGAGGCAGAAGAAAGCUGCCCAAGAUGAAGCCGAAAAACUUCGGAAACAGGUAACUGAAGAAACCCAAAAGAAACGCCAGGCUGAGGAGGAACUGAAGAGGAAAGUAGAUGCAGAAAAGGAAGCUUCCCGUCAGAAGCAAAAGGCUCUGAAGGAUCUUGAGGAGCUGAAGAUGCAAGCAGAGGAAGCGGAACGGAGGAUGAAACAGGCUGAAUUGGAAAAGGACCGUCAAAUUAAACUGGCCCAAGAUGCAGCUCAGAAAAGCUCUGAAGCAGAAAUCCAAAGCAGGGAUUUGUCAUUUGCCAAGAAAACAGCAAUAUUAGAGCAAUCUCUAAAACAGGAGCAUGUUACUAUUACGCAUCUACAAGAAGAAGCCGAGCGUCUCAAAAGGGAACAAGAAGAAGCCAACUUGGCCAGGGAAAAUGCAGAAAAGGAGCUUGAGAAAUGGCGGCAGAAGGCCAACGAGGCCCUCAGAUUAAGGCUACAGGCAGAAGAAGUGGCUCACGUGAAGACCUUAGCUCAAGAGGAUGCUGAAAAACAAAAGGAGAAUGCUGAAAGAGAAGCCAAGAAGAGAGCCAAAGCAGAAGAGGCUGCCCUCAAACAAAAGGAUCUAGCAGAGGAAGAACUGGAGAGGCAGAGGAAAUUAGCAGAAGGCACAGCCCAACAGAAACUCUCAGCUGAGCAGGAACUCAUCCGACUAAGGGCAGAAUUUGACCAUGGUGAACAGCAGAGGUCAUUGCUGGAGGAAGAGCUUUAUCGCCUUAAGAAAGAGGUCAGUGAGGCAGUGCAGCAAAGGAAGCUGCUCGAAGAAGAACUGGCAAAGGUUCGAGCAGAAGUGGAGAUCCUGCUGCAGAUAAAGGCCAAAGCUGAGCAGGAAACAAUGUCCAACACUGAGAAAAGUAAGCAACUCCUUGAAGCUGAAGCCAGCAAGAUGAGGGAGCUUGCAGAGGAAGCAAUGAAGUUGAGAUCAAUAUCUGAGGAGACUAAGAAGCAGCGGCAGCUAGCAGAGGAGGAAGCAGCUCGACAGCGAGCUGAAGCCGAAAGAAUAUUGAAGGAAAAACUGGCUGCCAUAAAUGAAGCUACCCGUUUGAAAACUGAAGCCGAAAUUGCCCUGAAAGAGAAAGAAGCUGAAAAUGAGCGCCUGAGAAGACAGGCAGAAGAUGAAGCCUACCAAAGAAAGGUCUUGGAAGAGCAGGCAUUGCAACAUAAACAGGAUAUCGAUGAGAAAAUCAAUCAUCUCAAGAAGUCCUCUGAUGCCGAACUUGAAAGACAAAAGGUCAUUGUAAAUGAAACUCUCAAACAGAGAAGGCUGGUGGAGGAAGAGAUUCGAAUCCUUAAAAUCAACUUUGAGAAAGCCUCUGCUGGCAAACUGGACCUCGAGUUGGAACUGAACAAACUGAAAAACAUCGCCGAAGAGACUCAGCACAGCAAAGAACAAGCAGAGAAAGAGGCAGAAAAGCUCCGCAAAAUUGCAGUGGAUGAAGAAAACAGGCGCAGAGAGGCAGAGGAGAAGGUGAAGAAGAUUGCGGCCGCUGAAGAAGAAGCUGCUCGCCAGCGCAAAGCCGCUCAGGAUGAAGUGGAGCGUCUAAAGAAGAAAGCGGAAGAAGCUUGGAAGCAAAAAGAACUAGCAGAGAAAGAGGCUGAGAAGCAGAUUCUGCUGGCCCAAGAGGCUGCACAGAAGCGCAUCACGGCAGAAGGGAAGGCUCACAUCGUGGCGGUGCAGCGGAAGGAACAAGAGCUCAUGCAGACCAGGAUGCAAGAAAAGUCUGCCAACGAUCUACUGAAAGAGGAAGCUGACAAGGCAAAGAGCUUGGCCGAAGAAGCCGAACUUGCUAAACAGAAAGCUGAGCAGGAAGCAGCUCAUUGCCGGCAACUGGCGGAGGAGGCUGAACGUCAGAAGCAAGCUGCCGAAAUUGAAGCUGCUAAACAAGCCAAGGCCCAAGAGGAUGCAGAAAGGUUGAAGAAAGAGGCCGAGUUCGAGGCUGCUAAAAGAGCUCAGGCAGAAGCUGCUGCUCUCAAACAAAAGCAGCUCGCAGAUGCUGAAAUGGAGAAGCACAAAAAGCUGGCUGAGCAAACUCUGAAGCAGAAGACCCAAGUGGAGCAAGAAUUAACUAAAGUUAAGCUAAAGCUUGAGGAGACCGAUAACCAGAAGCAUGUUCUGGAUGAUGAACUGCACCGCCUCAAGGAUGAAGUUACUGAUGCUGUCAAACAGAAGACCCAAGUGGAGGAAGAGCUUUUCAAGGUCCGCAUCCAGAUGGAGGAGCUGAUGAAACUGAAAAUCCGAAUUGAGGAAGAAAAUCAGAGGCUGAUUAAAAAAGAUAAAGACAGCACUCAGAAACUUCUUGCCGAAGAGGCAGAAAACAUGAAAAAACUGGCUGAGGAAGCUGCCCGUCUCAGCAUAGAAGCUCAAGAAGCAGCACACUUGAGGCAGAUUGCUGAAGCUGACUUGAAUCAGCAGCGGGCCCUUGCAGAGAAGAUGCUCAAAGAGAAAAUGCAGGCCAUCCAAGAAGCUUCCAGGCUCAAAGCAGAGGCAGAGAUGUUGCAGAGACAGAAAGAUCUUGCUCAGGAACAAGCCCAGAAACUUCUAGAGGAUAAAAAGCAGAUGGAGCAGCGUUUGGAGGAGGAAACGGUAGGCUUCCAAAAGACUCUUGAGGCAGAGAGGAAAAGACAGCUGGAAAUUAUAGCCGAGGCAGAAAAAUUGAAGGUGCAAGUCACCGAGCUGAGUGGUGCUCAAAGCCGAGCUGAAGAGGAAGCCAAGAAGUAUAAAAAACAAGCUGAUGAAAUAAGCACCCGUCUCCACGAAACAGAGCUGGCCACCCGAGAGAGGCUAACUGUAGUCGAGACGCUAGAAGUGCAAAGACUUCACAGCAACAAAGAAGCAGAGGACCUUCGCAAAGCCAUUGCUGACCUAGAGAAAGAGAAGGAAAAGCUCAAGAAGGACUCAGUCGAUUUACAGCAGAAGUCAAAAGAGAUGGCAAUGGCUCAGCAAGAACAACUUAAGCAUGAAACUCACAUCCUCCAACAGACCUUUUUGACUGAGAAAGAGACACUAAUCAAGAAAGAGAAGUUAAUUGAAGAGGAGAAAUUAAAAUUAGAGAAGUUAUUUGAAGAUGAAGUGAAAAAGGCAAGGGCACUCACCGAUGAACAAGAACGCCAGAGGAAGCAAGUGGAAGAGGACAAAAAGAAACUUCAGUUAGCCAUGGAAGAUGCACUUAAGAAACAAAAGAAUGCACAGGAUGAAGUUCUCAACAAGCAGAAGGAACUGCAGCAGCUGGAGAAGAAAAGGCUUGAGCAAGAGAAAUUACUGGCAGCGGAGAAUCAAAAGCUACGAGAUAAGCUGCAAGAACUGCAGAAGCCUGCACCAGCUCAGACCAAGGAAAUCAUGAUACAGACAGACGAUGUUCCAGAAGAUGAACUCAUUCAAAGAACCUCAGUUGAAGUUGUUAGUAAGGUUUAUAAUGGAAGAAGUCCAGGUGACUCAGUGGAUGGUAUAGUUACGAAUGGGGAAACUGAGCCAUCUUUUGAUGGCAUUCGACAGAAAGUUCCUGCUAGCAAGCUGGUAGCUGCAGGUAUUUUGCCUAAAGAUAUUGCUGACAAACUGAAGAAUGGUAAAAGUACCGUAGCAGAUCUUUCUAAAAAUGAAAAUCUGAGAAAUUAUCUGCAAGGCAUGAACAGCAUUGGAGGAAUCUUGCUAAAGCCAAAUGAGAAAAUGAGCAUUUAUCAAGCAAUAAAAGAAAAACAAAUUAACCCUGGCACAGGGAUGAUCCUACUGGAAGCACAAGCUGCUUCUGGUUUCAUGAUUGACCCCUUGAAGAAUAAAAAGCUUACAGUCGAUGAAGCUGUUAAGGAAGGGUUAAUCGGACCUGAAUUGCAUAGUAAAAUGCUUUCUGCUGAAAGAGCCGUUACAGGUUACAGAGACCCUUACACAGGAGACAAGAUCUCUCUUUUCCAAGCUAUGCAAAAAGGACUGAUUCAUAAAGAUCAUGGCAUUCACAUGCUGGAGGCUCAGAUAGCCACAGGCGGGAUUAUUGAUCCUGUGAAUAGUCACAGACUGCCAUUAGAGAAUGCUUACAAGCUUGGUUACUUUGAUGCAGAAAUGAAUCAGGUUUUGUCUGAUCCCACCGAUGACACCAAAGGUUUCUGUGAUCCAAAUACUCAAGAAAACCUUACUUACUUGCAGUUAAUGGAGCGGUGCGUUACAGAUCCUGAAACGGGUCUCUGCCUGAUGCCAAUUACAGAUUCUGCUUCUAAAAGUGGCUUUACAUACACUGAUGAGGAAGCAAAAGAUGUCUUUAGGAAGGCAACUGUUUCUGUUCCAUUUGGAAAGUUCCGUGGUAAGAACAUUACUAUAUGGGAAAUCAUUAAUUCUGAAUAUUUCACAGAGGAGCAGAGAAGGGACCUCAUCCGACAAUAUAAAACAGGAAAAAUCACAGUGGAGAAGAUAAUCAAAAUUAUUAUCACUGUGGUCGAAGAUAGCGAGAAAAAGAAAGAACUUGCUUUUGAAGGGCUUAGAGCUUCUGUCCCAGCUAAGGAGCUUCUCGAAUCAAAGGUUAUUGAUAAGGACUUGUAUAAUCAGUUGCAUCAAGGCAAGAAAACAGUUAAAGAUGUGUCGGAACUGGACCCAGUCAAAAAGAGCCUAAAAGGAACAAACAGCAUUGCUGGUGUUUUGGUGGAAUCAACAAAAGAAAAGAUUCCUGUUUACCCAGCAAUGAAGAGAGACCUGCUGAGACCAAGCCUUGCCCUCAAUCUCUUGGAGGCCCAGGCCGCCACCGGGUAUAUCAUCGAUCCCGUUAAAAAUCAGAAGAUGACUGUUGAUGAAGCAGUGAAAGAAGGACUGGUUGGCCCUGAGCUGCAUGAGAAACUGCUUUCUGCUGAGAGAGCUGUGACUGGCUAUAAGGAUCCCUACACUGGAAACACUAUCUCAUUGUUCCAGGCAAUGCAAAAAGAUCUGAUUCAUAAAGACCAGGGUGUCCGCUUGCUGGAUGCUCAGUUGGCAACUGGUGGAGUUGUUGACCCAGUGAAUAGCCAUCGUGUUCCAGUUGAUGUAGCCUGCAAGCGUGGCUAUUUUGAUGAUGAAAUGAAUGCAAUUCUCAGCAAUCCAACUGGCGAUACCAAAGGGUUCUUUGACCCCAACACACAGGAGAAUGUUACCUAUGAACAGUUGCUGAAGAGAUGCGUCCCUGACAAAGCGACUGGCCUCUUCCUGCUUCCUAUGUCUGAAGAAGCCAUCAAAGCAAAAGAAGAACCAGUCUUCACAGAUGUUCAGACCAAAGAGGCCUUAAAUCAAGCAACAGUUGAUGUACAGACAGGACCAUUUAAAGGAAAGAAAGUAACCAUUUGGGAAAUUAUUAAUUCUGAGUAUCUAACAGAAGAGCAAAGAAUCGAACUUAUUCGACAAUAUAAGACUGGAAAAGUGACAGUGGAGAGAAUGAUUCGGAUAGUGAUUACCAUCAUUGAGGAGACCGAAACUAAAAAGCAGCAGCAAGUUACCUUUAAUGGUCUCAGAGGUCCUGUCCCAAUUAGUUCACUGCUUGACUCCAAAAUUAUUGAUAGAAACAUCUACGAACAACUUCAGCAGGGUAAAACGACACCAAAGGAAAUCUGUGAAGUUGAUUCUGUAAAGAAAUACCUGCAAGGUACUGACAGCAUUGCAGGCAUUUAUAUGGAGCCUACAAAAGAAAAGAUGACUGUAUAUAAUGCCAUGAAGAACAACCUUUUAAAACCAAGCACAGGCCUUGUUUUAUUGGAAGCCCAAGCAGCUACAGGCUUCAUGAUUGAUCCAAUCAGAAAUCAGAAAUUGACUGUUCACGAUGCCGUUAAAUCAGGCAUAGUUGGCCCAGAGCUUCAUGAAAAACUUCUUAGUGCUGAAAAAGCAGUUACAGGUUACAAAGACCCUUACACUGGCAAUAAGAUCUCCUUGUUUCAAGCCAUGCAGAAAGACCUCAUCCUCAAAGAACAUGCAGUUCCGCUAAUUGAGGCUCAGAUAGCUACUGGUGGAAUUAUUGAUCCAGUAAACAACCAUCGUGUUCCUCUAGAAGUUGCUUACAAGCGAGGCUACCUAGACCAAAAUGUCAGCAAGAUUCUCUCAGAUCCAUCCAAUGAUCUCAAGGGGUUCUGUGAUCCAAACACUAAUGAGCCCCUCACUUACAUGCAGUUAAAAGAACGCUGUAUGAGAGACCCAAGCACUGGGCUCUGCCUGUUGCCACUUAAAAAGACAGAAGAACCUUCACUGGUGGAGAAGACAUAUGUGUACACUGAGGAGCAAACCAAGAAUGAUCUUGAGAGCACCAAAGUUGACAUUCCUCAUGAAAGUUUAUCUGGCAAGUCUCUUUCCCUAUGGGAGGUUAUGAAUUCUGGUCUUCUUCCAGAGGAGGAAAAAUCCAGACUUUUGGAAGAAUAUCGCUCUGGUCGAAUGACAAAAGAUCGCAUGAUCAUUAUCAUCAUAGAAAUUAUUGAACAAAGAGAGAUCAUCAAGCACGAGCAGAGCAUCUCCUGUGAUGUGAUCCGUCGUAGAGUUACUAUUGAAGAGUUGUAUAGUUCAAGGAUUAUUGAUUUAGAAACCUAUAACCUUCUCAAGCAAGGAAAGAAAACCAUUCGAGAAGUUAUGGAAAUGCAGGCAGUGAGGUGUUACCUGUUUGGUACAGGCAACAUUGCUGGAUUCUUGACUGGCUCUGGUAAAGAAAAAGUCAGCAUCUACCAAGCCUUGAAAAGAGAACUCAUUAAACCUGAAGUGGCACUUCCUCUGUUGGAAGCACAGGCAGCAACUGGGUUUAUGAUGGACCCAGUUAAAGAUGAAAUGUUAACAGUUGAUGAAGCGGUUCGAAAGGGAGUAGUUGGACCAGAGAUCCAUGAUAAACUGCUUUCUGCUGAGAGAGCUGUAACAGGUUAUAGAGACCCGUAUACGGGAAAAACAAUCUCCCUGUUCCAAGCCAUGAAGAAAGACUUGUUGCCUGAAGAAUAUGCCUUAAAACUACUGGAAGCCCAAAUUGCCACUGGUGGAAUCAUUGACCCCGAGUACAAUUUCCAUCUUCCAACCGAUGUUGCCCUUCAAAGAGGUUACAUGAAUAAAGAAACAAAUGAAAGACUUUCUGAUGUCAAUAGUGAUAUAAAAGGCUUCCUAGAACCAGUCACUGAAGAAAGACUGUCCUACGCACAGUUACUUAAGAGGUGCAAGGUGGACAGUGACACGGGUCUCCGUCUUCUGUCUUUGUCCGACAGGACAUUCAUAUUUAAAGGCUUGAGAAAGGCGAUUACUAUCCAAGAGCUUCUUCUUUCAAAAAUUAUAGAUCAGAAAACAGUACAGCAACUCGAGGAAGGUUCAGUCACUGUGGAAGAAGUUACUAAAGUGUUACAGCCGUAUUUACAGGGUACCAGUUGUAUUGCUGGAGUGUAUGUAGAAUCAACAAAAGACCGCCUAUCCAUCUACCAGGCCAUGAAAAAGAACAUGAUUAGGCCUGGAACCGCCUUCGAACUUUUAGAAGCUCAGGCUGCUACUGGUUACGUGAUAGACCCAAUAAAGAACCUAAAACUGACAGUAAAUGAGGCUGUAAUGAUGGGAAUUGUAGGACCAGAGUUCAAAGACAAGCUGAUGUCAGCAGAAAGAGCCGUAACUGGCUAUAAAGACCCAUACUCUGGCAAGAUAAUUUCUUUGUUCCAGGCUAUGAAGAAAGGGCUGAUCUUAAAGGACCAUGGUAUUCGCCUUCUUGAAGCACAGAUUGCUACAGGGGGCAUCAUUGAUCCAGAACAAAGUCAUCGAUUGCCAGUAGAGGUGGCCUACAAACGUGGCUUGUUUGAUGAAGAGAUGAACAUAAUCUUAUCGGAUCCCAGCGAUGACACAAAAGGCUUUUUUGAUCCAAACACAGAGGAGAACUUAACCUAUCUGCAGUUAAUGGAGAGAUGUUUUACAGACCCUGAGACUGGACUGGUGCUGCUUCUCCUUAAAGAGAAAAAACGAGAGCGAAAGACCUCUUCAAAAUCAUCUGUCCGAAAACGCAGAGUUGUCAUUGUUGACCCAGAAACUGGCAAAGAAAUGUCCGUGUAUGAAGCUUAUCGCAAAGGACUUAUUGAUCAUCAGACAUACAUGGAACUUGCAGAGCAAGAAUGCGAGUGGGAAGAAAUCACUAUUUCUUCUUCUGAUGGUGUGGUCAAGUCUAUGAUUAUUGACAGGAGAUCUGGCCGCCAAUAUGAUAUUGACGAUGCCUUUGCUAAAGGACUCAUUGAUCAGUCAUCCUUGGACCAAUAUCGUGCAGGCACAUUGUCCAUUACAGAGUUUGCUGAUAUGUUGUCAGGUAACCUGAGUGGAUUCCGUUCCCGAUCCUCCUCCAUCGGCUCCACUUCCUCCUAUCCAAUGAGCCCAGUCCCUUCAAUCAGAACCCCAGUGAGCACAUGGAAUGACCCAACCGAAGAAACUGGACCUAUUGCUGGAAUCCUAGACACAGAUACAUUGGAGAAAGUUUCCAUCACUGAAGCCAUGCACCGUAAUUUAGUAGACAACAUCACAGGACAAAGACUGUUAGAAGCGCAGGCUUGUACCGGGGGUAUCAUUGACCCUAACACUGGAGAAAAGUUUUCUGUCACAGACGCUGUGAGCAAAGGGCUUGUUGACAAAAUCAUGGUGGACCGUAUUAAUCUUGCACAGAAAGCCUUUAAUGGUUUUGAAGAUCCAAGAACAAAAGUUAAAAUGUCAGCUGCACAGGCACUGAAAAAGGGUUGGUUGUAUUAUGAAGCCGGCCAAAGAUUCCUGGAAGUCCAAUAUCUCACUGGCGGGCUGAUCGAACCUGAUGCUCCUAGUAGAAUUUCACUGGAUGAAGCUAUUCGAAAGGGUUAUUUAGAUGCCCGUACUGCCCAAAAGCUGAGGGAUGUAAGUGCCUACACAAAGUACAUGACCUGUCCCAAGACAAAACUUAAGAUCUCCUACAAGGAUGCAAUGGACAGAAGUAUGGUUGAAGAAGGCUCAGGCUUGCGGUUGCUUGAGGCAUCUUCACAGUCGAGCAAAGGACUUUAUAGCCCAUACAAUGUUAGCGGCUCUGGAUCAAACUCUGGAUCUCGGUCAGGAUCUAGAACAGGCUCAAGAUCUGGGUCAAGACGAGGCAGCUUUGAUGCAACCGGUUCCCCAUUUUCCUCAAUGUCGUCGUACUCCUCCACCUCCUAUACCUCGUCAAGCUAUGGUCGCCGCUACGAUGCUGGGCCCUAUGGUGGAGUGAACAUGGUGGAGCUUGGGCAGGCUCUUGCAGUUUUGAGUAGAGGGUGUGGCGUUGAGAACGGAGCAAUAUUUACGGCAGUCCCCCCGCUGCUCCCUGCAGUGGUAUAGACUUUUGGAGACGCUGCUUACAAACAUCAUUCAUUCUGCUCUGCAUGUAGUUGAGUUGCCUCCCAAAUCUUGCACUAAAUCCUUUAUUCAGAAAAUACCAGACGUUUUCAUUUUAAAUCAUUUUGCAUAUUAAUUCAUAUUAGGUGGCUUAUUACAGAAAUGCUGACUACUACAGUUCCUCUUUCUCAUGGUUACUGUUUAUUUUAGUGUUUUGCAGUCAUAUGCGAAAUGAUCCGAGUUGCUUAAUUUAUGGUAUUUGCUUGUUCGGUCCUAUAUGUAGGACUUUGUUUUUUGCCAACAUCCAAAUAUGAACGUUGUAAAACUGAAUGUACCUUUUAUCAUAAGUCACAUAUAGUAUAUAAUUUUUAUUUUUCAGUUUCUAACUCCAGCCCCACCCAUGCAGUAGUCUUACAAAUUAUUUGAUGCAUGUUUUUUUCUCUGUAUGAAAAAAAAUAUAUAUUUGGUUUUAUAUUUUUGUAUAUGGGUUUUUAAAAUUGAGCUCAGUUACAGAGAAAUAUGCAAGCAGAUGAAUAAUUCAGUGAUGUCCCCAUUAUAUUUUAAGUACAGAACACCCACACCACCCAGCAUUCUUAACUAUCUGCAGAGCAGAAUCCAACAAAUCAGUCUGCAAAGGAAUAAUUGAGAAAAUGAUUACACUUCAAGACAGCAAGUUUUUAGAUCCUAUAAAAAUGCCGAUUUGCCACACUGCCACGCAACCACGCUGCCUGUGAUCUGAUGCUGUUGCUAUCCUUCCUAUGUGAGAUAAAAAUGAACAGUGCUCUCCUUUAAUGUCUAGCAUGCAAUAGCUGCUUUAUGUCAUGUCCGUUUCUCUAUCUCAAGAAAUAUUCAAUUACCGCAAUGAGGAGUCCACUCGACUGAAAAGGCCUGAUUUAGAAAGCCUGGCAUAGCUUUUGCAAAAAAUAUAACACAAAGCGCUCAGUGUUUUGGGAUCUUUGACAACAAUGGAAUAACGACUGAAAGCUUCAAGUGCUCUUCAGAACCGCAGUGGAGAUAAGAGGCUGCUUGCAUUGCUUUUCAGCUAUUUAGAGCAAGAAGAAAGCUCUGCGUACGCUCCUCAUGGGCGCUGUGCUGAUCAAAGCUGGCAGCUGCCAAACCUGCAGAUCUUCAUUCAAGCAUUGCCCUCUUCUUUCCACCAUGCUCCUUGCCUGAAGAUCUUUGAGACACAGAGAAGCUUCAAGCCGUGUUCCCCCCGCUCUUUACGCAAACACACGCUGAUUAGAACCCACAUUCCUUUUAGCUGGAAGUGCUGCUAACAAUCACUAAAAACUGUCCAGUUUCUGUUUUAUUUUUAAAAGUAAGAAUAUCUCUCAGCAUGGUCAUCAUGUGUACUUUAUUGUCCCGGUUAAGAAAACGUGGCAGAGUCCCAGUUAUUUGACAGGACAGUAAAAUCACUGUCAUAGUGGUUUGACGUAACUCUUUAAAGCAGGGCACACUGAAACAAGGCCUCAUUCCCUUAAUUCCUGGGAUGAAUGUGUUUCCCAGACAUCUUGGCAGCAUUUCUAAGGCCGUCAUCAUUUUAUUUUACAUCUUGCCGUGUUCUAAAAAAGAUCAUGUGUUGCAGUUAAGAAAUGCAGGAGUCGAUGGACUUUUAUUUCUUCCAAUGGGAUAAAACACAAAAAUGACUUCAGCUUGUCAUAUGAUAAAAUGGCAGAAAAACCAUUCUAGUCUAAAGAGAGGGAUUUUGGCUUCGUCAGCGGCCUCUUCAUCUUUGAGUGUUUUUGGUGUGGAUCUUGAAUAUUUUGAAUUGUAAAGGCACAUAGGAGUGAUAGGCAGUAUUGGACAUAUAUGCUCUCUAAUACAGACGCAGAACCCUGUUUACUAAAACACACGGGAAUGAGUAAAGCUGUAAUACUGAACUUCAAAAAUUGCCAAUUAGAACUAUUUCUAUUUGUUUUAAGCAAAUGAAUAUUUUUUAUAUUUACUGUAAGCAGAGUCUAAUAAACUGAAUGUAUGUAACUAAUGAAGACAUUUGGCAAGGGAAGUGGGGUGAGUGAAUGUAAAAGAUAAAAAUUAAGUUUGAUUUGUUUUUUUCUUCCCAUAACUUUAUUUUUUUAAUGUAAAUAAAAAAAAUUAUUCAUUCCUGUUUUAGUGAACAGAGGUCUUGUGCUAAGCUACCACGUUACAAAUACUCUACUGCUAAGGAUCUAAAAACUUUUUUAAUGUAAAGAAAUAACUACGGCUUUCAAAAUAGUUACCAUAUGUUUGUCAUUUUAUGUACCAUUGUGUUCCUUAAAAAAAUACUUGACCUGUAAAUCAUGUCUAUUCAUUUUUCAUCAUAUUUUUGAUAUUAUAUAUAUAUUUUUUUUUUUGCUUUGCAUGUUUUACUAACUGAAUAAUAAAAUAUCUGAAAAAGUGCAAGAUUAUUAAGUUGUUGAAAAUAUAUUUGAUUUGGAAAACAUUUUGUUUGCUCCAGAUUACAUUGGGAAAGAAAUAAUCUAAUUAUUUACAACUAACUAAUUUCAUUUUGCCCAUAAUAAUGUGUUUAUGGGACAUGGUUUUAAAAAAGAAAAAGAUAAGAGCUGAUGGGUUUCUUUUGCGUAUGACACUAAAAUUUAAUGUAAAUAAACCAUCAUAUUUUAAACAAGA